AUGGAAUCACUAUUAAUAUCAUCAUUAACUAUGAUGCAACAACAAUCAUCAACUUUAUCAUCACCAAUACAUUCAGAUUUAAAUAUAUUUUUAACAUCAAUUGGUAAUAAACAAAAUCUAUCAACAAAUUCAUCAAUUGAUUCAUUAACAGCUUUAGAAGAAAUACUACGAAGACAAGAAACAAGAAAUAGUACAACUUUUCAACCUCAAAAAGGAACUUCAUCAAACAUGGAAUAUAAUACUGUACCACAACCAUCUCUUCUUAGUUCUUCAUGGAUAAGUUUAAGACAAUUUCGUCGAUUUGAAAAUGAUUUUUCUUCCAUUGAAAAUAUUAAUACUCAUGCUAUACAAUCACAACGUUGUCGAUUACAAUUUCGUUUACCAAAUCAUAUACAAACACAUGUAUCAUUUGAUAAUAAUAAAACAAAUGUCGGAUUUGCUAUGAAUAAAUUUGGUUUACAACGUUUAUGUUUUGAAUUAAUUAAUAAUACAACCAAACAACAACAACAACAACGAAUAUAUAUUUUACCAAUAAUGACAGAAAUUGAUAAAACACAAAUCAAAAAGAAAAUAAUCAACUUAUCAUCUCCAUCAACAAUAAAUUUACCUAUAAACAUUCCACCGGCUAGUACUACAACUAAUUCUUCAAUUGUUCCAAUAUUAUCUAGUCCAUCAUCAAGUAGUAUAUUUAAUGGUUCAAUUGAUCAUAAGAAACUACAUGAAUCUGUUUCUAAUUAUCGAAUUGUACCAGAAAUAAAACCAAUUCAAUCAUUAAUAACAAUACGAAAACAACAACGAAGUGGUUCACAACCACCCAAUGAACAUGUACUACAACAACAAAAUCCAACACGUCAUAUGGCAAUAAAUAAACUCUUUCAACGUCUACCGAUAAUCUUCCAUCGACAAAUAUCUGUUCUUGAUAUAAUUGUUGCCAAAUCUCUAGCAUCAACAUCUCUUCAAUCAUGUGGUGUUUAUUUAAUAUUAAAUGGUGUUACAAAUAUUCGUACAAUUGUAAUGGAUGUACCAUUAAGAUCACACGAUGUUCAUGAUCUUGUUAAUCGUACUGGUCGUUUAACAACAUUUUAUGUUCAACAAUUUCUUCCCAAUGAUAAACAACAAGCAUCUUUAAUACAAACAACAACUAAUACAGAUAAUGAAUUAAUUAAUACAAGUUUAAAUUACACUAUUGAAGAACUUCAUAUACUAAUUUCACUGGAACAAACAACAAAAAAAUGUUUAGAUACACGUCAUAAAGAUCCAAUUAUUCGUAAUAUUAAUUUACAUCCAUUAGAAACUCAACAAAAUAUAUCAACAUCAUCAAAACGACCUAUAUUUGAAGUUCAUGUAAUAGCACAUUGUCAGAAAAUGAUAUUUUUUAUAACAAUUCUUUCAAUAUUAAAAGCUCAAUGUAAGAUAGCUGUUCCUAAUAUUAGUGGAAUGAAAUCACGUUAUACAAUUGUUAUACAUGAACAUGUUUUAUAUUUUUUAAAUAAUAAUAAUCAUGAUCAUCAACAAUCUCCAACAGUUUGUUCAGAUAAUCAUGUACGAAUUGAUUUUCCUGUAAUACGUUGUUAUGGAAAUUAUCCUAUUCAAUAA